AUGCUGUCUUCUUCCUCUAGCGAGUUCUCCAACAAGGAUCUCAAGUCAGUCGGAAACUAUACCCUCGGACGCCUCAUCGGAAAGGGUUCCUUUGGCAAAGUCUACCUCGCCACCCACAAACUCACCAACGGCUCCAAGGUUGUCCUCAAGUCGGCCAAGAAGGAUGACUCCAACCUCGCCCGCGAGAUCCACCAUCAUCGACAAUUCGUCCACCCUCACAUUGCGCGACUCUAUGAGGUCAUAGUCACCGAGAACCUCGUCUGGCUUGUCCUCGAAUACUGUCCCGGCGACGAACUGUACAACUACCUCCUCAAAAACGGCCCCCUACCGGUCACCAAGGUACAGAAGGUCUUUGCCCAACUCGUCGGCGCCGUCUGCUAUGUUCACAAGCAGUCAUGUGUCCACCGGGACCUGAAACUCGAAAAUAUUCUGUUUGACAAGCACGAGAAUGUUAAGCUGGUCGAUUUCGGCUUCACCAGAGAGUACGAGGGCAGGUCCAACUACCUCCAAACUUUUUGCGGCACCAUAUGCUACUCGGCCCCCGAGAUGCUCAAGGGCGAAAAGUACGCCGGCGAAAAGGUCGAUGUCUGGAGCUUAGGCAUCAUACUAUACGCCCUGCUCUGCGGAGAGCUUCCCUUUGACGAUGACGAUGACAAUAUUACCCGUACCAAGAUCCUGUCCGAGGAACCCAAGUACCCCGAGCAUCUGCCCGCCGACGCCGUCUCGCUCCUGAAGAGCCUCCUCUCGAAGCGCCCCUUCCCGCGUCCCAGCCUCCCCGACAUCCUGAUACACCCCUUCCUUGCCGAGCACGCGUCUGCACAGCAAGCAAUUCUCGACGUUGAAGCCAAGUCGCCCUUUGCCUCGGGUCUGGAGAAGGACUGCCUCCACCGCAUGCGCGCCGCCGGCGUCGACAUUGAUUCAGUCAUCGAGAGUGUACUAGCCCAGAAGUGUGAUGCGCUGUCUGGUUGGUGGACGCUUCUCCUGGAAAAGGAGGAGCGUAAGAUGCUGCGGAGGGAACGCAAGCGACGCGAGAGGGAAGACAAGAACCUGCGACGCGUGUCGGCCGCGUCGAGUCGUCUAGAACGCAUGGCUCCGUCGCUUCAGGACGUCGACGAGGAUGGCGGUUUCACAGUCAACGCCAGGACUCGGGGGAGGAGCACCCGUCGGAGUGCACACUACAACUCGGAUUUUAACCUGCAAGAGGUGAGCGAGGGCGGUUUCCAGAGCGGUCUGAGAAGUCCGGACGAGAUCCCCCCGACACCCAUCGACAAGGACUCGGUUCGAUCUGCGUCGACAUCACGACACCGCCGACCGGUACCACCUCCCAAAGAGGGCAUAAUUCGCAGCGCCAGGUCGCGUGGGUCGACGCUUCACCUGGUGACGACGUCUGACGUUCUAGGUCACCAUGAUCACGCCGCCGAGGGCCGGCAUCACGGGGUGGGCGGACAUGGCAAGGCCCGGAAGAAGCCGAGCGAAGCCAUAAUUGCGCACUGGAAGAACUGGACCCAUUGGAUAUUUGAGAACACGACCAAGCGCCGACGCUGGAACGAGCGCAAGUCGAACCGCAGCACCCCCGACCUCCACAGGAAGGACAGCAACGCCAACUCAUCCAGAGACGGGCGAGAGGCCCCCAGGCCGCAGACGAGCAAGGGCCCCAACUCUAGCUCCUCGGCUGGGGGGCAGGCCACGGUGCCACUGCCCAAGGGGGUUGUGGCUAACGGGCAGAUGGUCAAGGCGAAUGGCACACUGACGCAGAAUGGGGUGAACGGCGUGGCAGCCGGCGGCGACAACCUCAAACCGUUGCCGCAGCUCCAGCUCCAGAACCCUUCACGUACAGCCAAGUCGAAUUCCUACAAGCGGCACUCCCUCUCCCCGGCGCCGCUGACGCCACGGUCCACGAUCCGCCGCUCAUCGGGCGGUCUCCGUGGACGCAAGUCUACGUCGUCUUCGGUGUCGUCUGUGCGAUCGAUGCACCGCCACCGGCACUCGCACUCCAAGGCAUCGUCCACCAGUUCGGCAGGCUCCAUAUCGACAUCCAAGACGCCCCAUCGCGGGCCCUCACCGCACCACUCGGUCAAGGUGCUCCCCGCAACCCCUCCGGCGACGUCUUUCCCCUCCAACAUCCGACUUGUCCGGGCUGCCCCUCCCCCCCUGAACUUCUACAACGAGGGUAUGCCCUCUGGCCACGAGCAGAUGGGCCCAGUGUCGCCCAAUCCGUUCGGCACAAACGUCCUCUUUGCCAAGCGCAAGAAGAGCCUCUUCAAGGGCCCCUCGAUGCACCACCAUUUCGGUCAUUUCGGCGGAGGCGGCGGCGCCAACAGUGCCGGCACCAGCACCACCCGCAGCUCCGGUGGAGGAGGCCACUCCCGCUCCGGCAGCGGGUCGGCCAUCGGUCGCCGCUCGGGCGAGGUCACCAUUCAAGAAGAGGACGAAGAGUACGUAGACGAGGAGGAUGAGGACGAGGAGGCCAUCGACGAGGAGGAUGGGUUCACUCCCGUUGCUGCUGCCGCGGGGCCGACGAGCGACGCGAUAAAGGAGCAGGUCAUUGAGACGGAUGAUGUGGCCACGCCUACAAAGAGUGGCGGUGGUCUAGGCACGCCGAUUGAUCUCGGAAGACCAAGUGCUAUACCUGAAUCGCCGCAGACGCCUACUGCUUAG